GGGAACAUCUGGGUGAAGAGAUUCUUCUGGAUAAACAUGGACACCCGCUGACUCCAGAGCUGGAAGAAAUUCAGGAGAAACACAAAAAGCAUCUGAUGGAGAAGACUGAGAACCUGGUGGAACACAAACCGCCAGGAACUACCCUGGAACCACAAAGAUUCAUCAUCAGCGAGCGUUACGUGAACCUGAUUGUGGUCUCCACCCAUCGGUUCCGGCAGCGCCCCCAGAACGAGCUCAUACAGACCGGGGUGAAACAUGAGGAAUUCUUGAAGGAAACACAAACUGGGCUGGAGCACAUUUCCCUCAACAGGCUGUUCCGCUGGAGCCAGCGGUCACAAUGCGUCCCGUGCGCGGUCAUGGUGAGCGGAGUGCCGGGAAUCGGGAAGACCACGCUGGUGCAGAAGUUUGUCAACGAUUGGGUGACCGGAAAACUCUACCAGAGAUUCGCUUUUGUCUUCUUCUUCAGAUUCCGCGACCUCAAUAGACUGGGAGAGGUCAGCUUGGAGGAGAUGAUUCUUCAACAUUAUCCGUACCUGACCAGUCAGAUUGGAGAUAUUCUACAACGUCCGCAGGGACUUCUGUUUAUCUUUGACGGCUUAGACGAAAGUAUUCACGGGAUGGAUUUCAGAUCAAGUAAACGGCUGGAUCCAAAAGAGAGAAGAGAUUUGGGGGGGAUUGUGGUCAGUCUGGUGAGGCAAAGUCUUCUGAAGGGUUGCUCCAUACUGAUCACCAGCCGACCCACCAGACUGGCGUCCAUUGAUACGGAUGUUUUCCAGGGAAUGGCUGAGAUCAUGGGCUUCCUGCACGCGGACAGACUGAAGUACUUUACAAGUUUCUUUGGAGACGAUGAGAAGUUGUCAGAGAAGGCUUUUCAUUACGUGCAGGAGAACGACUCGCUGUACACCUUCUGCUACAUCCCGUCAUACUGCUGGAUCAUCUGUACCGUCUUAUCCAUGUGCUUCAGAACCCAACCAGCAAACAACCAUCAGCUGGCGGCCCCAUUGCCCAAAACCGUCACACAACUCUUUGUGGCCUUUGUCUCCAACCUUUUGGCCAAUCACAGCCAGGGCAAUGAGGACGCUCGGCAGCUGCUGACACGUGUCGGUUGGAUGGCGGAACACGGAGUCCUGAAUCAUGUGAUUGUAUUUGACGAGCGUUAUCUGGAAUCAUUCCACGUGAGGAACGACUCUCAUCUCUUCUCAUGUUUCCUGAUGGAGUCCGGCCAGCCCCCGGACUACACCUUCCUGCACCUCACUCUUCAGGAGUUUUUUGCCGCUUUGGUUCAUUUCGUUGAUUAUAAUCCGGAAAGAUUACAGAAAACACUCGACGCGGCCGAAUCGUACGAAGACGGCCGCGCGGAAAUCUUCCUCCGUUUCCUCUGCGGCCUCUCAGACAAUUCCACCCGGUCCGCGUUGAAGUCCCACAUGGGAAGCGUUGCCGUAAAGGCUUCCAGAGACGUCGUCGCCUGGCUGCAGAAGAAAAUGACGAAACAACAAAAACCCAACAAAUCCAACAAAGGGAAAGGAGAGCUUCUCCACGUCUUCCAUUGUCUCCACGAGAGCCGCAACAAGGCUCUGAUGUCACAAAGUAUUGGAGCCAACAAAGAGGUCCACCUCUCCAAUGUCCCCCUCACCCCUCUGGACUGCUUUGUGUUGUCUUCUAUCCUUCAGUCCUGCGCAGAGACAGGAGACGUCAAUCUGAACUCGUGUAACAUAAAGAGUGAAGGUCUGAAGAAGCUUGUGCCGGCGUUUCGCACCAUCAGAAAAUUGAGGUAA